AUGGCUGACACCUUGGCAUUCGAAUGGAAAGAAGAGCACGGCGAUAUCCUCGAGAAAGUAGCGUCAACCGACAUCGUCGAGACAGAAUGGCCACUGCUGCGCAGUAUCAUUAAGCACAAAGUGGGCAAGAAUGUCGAGUCCUUUCUCAAUGAUGGCCCUCGGUGGGAGCCUCGACCUCCGCUGAUGAUUGCCGCACCUCAACAACUCCCCAACGGUGGUCUCAAACUGCCUCCUUUUCCAAGCCGUGAUUUCAUCCUGCCAACUCCCAUUCCGCCACCCCCACCGAAGGUGGAUCUCACCAAGGAUGAGGCGGAGACGAUAAAGAUAUCGAUUUUUGCGCAAAUCGAGGACCUGGAUGACACCCCAUUCACAAUACAGCGCUUAUGCGAGCUUUGCGUAAGGCCUCGGCAACACUACAAGUUCGUUGGCAAAUAUCUGCGGGCAGUCGAAAAGUCCCUACUCGUGACUUCUUCCUGGGACGCAUUCCCGCCGCUGUCCGAAAUCGAGAGGACAUACUCGACAAGUGGACACCCCUCCAUCAGCACCUCUGCCGUCUCAGCCCCCAAUACCCCCAUAUUCUCCCCCAUACCUUUCCUCCAUGAAGACGCACGGCGGUCCAAGUCACGCAGCCCACCGCCCAGCCCACUUGUCUUGCCCUCUGUCGUUUCCGCAGCAGAUGCAAGUGCCGACGUCAAAGCUCUAGGUCUGGUUGACGAGCUCGACGAUCCUAAACCAGGCCACUUGAGCGACCACAUCGAAGCGAUCUCUGCUACGACAACAGUGAGCGGGAAACCACUGCACGGCUCCCUGGAGGAACGAUUCGUGAAGGGAGGAUCGGAGAACGCAGAUGAUGCUGAGGCGAAGGAAGAGGGUGAAACAAGCGACGUGACGAUGGAGGACGAAGGGAAAGAAAACAAGGCAGUCUGA